AUGAUGGAUCGAAUGGGUUGUGCAGCAGACACGAGCAAGAGCAUAAAGCUGGAGAGGUACAACAGCUACAUAAGGAGAGUCAACAGCACCAAGCUCCUUAACGCCUCCUCCAAGCUCCUCUUCCGGGCCACCCUCCUCGUCGCACUCAUCCUCGUCUUCAUAUUCACCUUCAACUACCCUCCCCUCGCCGACACCACCCACCGCCAUCUCCACGCCCACUCCCACUUCCUCUCCUCCGCAUUCGGCGCCUGGGAGAAGCAGGUCCGCCAUUCCUCCACCCCCCGACGCCCCAAUGGCCUCACCGUCCUCGUCACCGGCGCCGCUGGCUUCGUCGGCACCCACUGCUCCCUCGCCCUGAAAAAGCGCGGCGAUGGCGUCCUGGGCCUUGACAAUUUCAACUCCUACUACGACCCCUCCCUGAAGCGCGCCCGCCAAGCAAUGCUGAGCAAGCACCAGGUCUUCAUCGUGGAAGGCGACCUCAACGACAAGCCCUUGCUGGAGAAGCUCUUCGACGUGGUGGCCUUCACCCACAUCCUCCACCUGGCCGCCCAGGCCGGCGUCCGCUACGCCAUGCAGAACCCCCAAUCCUACGUCACCGCCAACAUUGCGGGCUUCGUCAACCUUCUCGAAGUUGCCAAAUCCGCCAACCCCCAACCCUCCAUCGUGUGGGCUUCCUCCAGCUCCGUUUACGGCCUCAACACCGAGAACCCCUUUUCGGAACUCCACCGGACGGACCAACCGGCCAGCCUCUACGCCGCGACGAAGAAAGCCGGGGAGGAAAUCGCGCACACCUACAACCACAUUUACGGUCUCUCCCUGACCGGACUCCGGUUCUUCACCGUGUACGGGCCGUGGGGGAGACCCGACAUGGCUUACUUUUUCUUCACGAAGGACAUCCUCCAGGGGAAGAGCAUCGACGUGUACGAGACGCAGGAUGGGAAGCAGGUGGCGCGUGACUUCACGUACAUCGACGACAUCGUGAAGGGUUGCCUCGGGGCUCUGGACACGGCGGAGAAGAGCACCGGGAGCGGGGGGAAGAAGCGUGGGCCAGCCCAGUUGAGGGUUUACAAUCUGGGCAACACCUCUCCCGUCCCCGUGGGGAGGUUGGUCUCCAUUCUGGAAGGGUUGCUGAACACGAAGGCCAAAAAGCACGUCAUCAAGAUGCCCUCAAACGGUGACGUUCCCUACACCCACGCGAAUGUGAGCUUGGCCUUCAGAGAUUUCGCUUACAAACCCACCACCGAUCUCCCCACCGGUCUCAGGAAGUUCGUCAAGUGGUAUGUCGGUUAUUACGGCCUCCAACAAAGGGUCAAAAGGGAAACUCGUCUUGACAAUUGA